AUGUCGAAACAGGAUAGCUUGGUACAGGCCGAGGCCGCCGACGAUGAACUUGAUGAGUGGGACCAACGGAUUUUCAGUACGGGCUGUGCUGAGGAGCAACUGCGCAUGAACGAUUGCUACUAUGAGAAGAAAGACUGGAGAGCUUGCAAGGCCGAAUUCAUCCGCAUCCGCUGGAUAAGAACACUGUUACUCUCAGAAUUUGGCAAGAUUUCUCUUCCGUUUCUCAUCGCAGCCACAGAAAAUGUCGCCAGCUACUCGAAUACCUUUCAAGAUCUUGAGCGCAUCAACGGCUCAGCGGCUCUCUGCUUCCUCCAUUACCCUGUGCCGCUCAUUUCUCGAGACCUCCCUUCCAUAGCUCGUCUCGCAGGGACUACACCAGCCUCAGAGCAGCCAGCAAAGACCACCUCCCCUCCUCAAGCAACGCCGACAGACCCCAAGCGCCAUUCUUUCGACAACCUCGAGGAUCAGCCGUUGACUUUACAAGAAGAUGACCCCUCAAAAGUGGACUGGACGAGGUCUUUUCACGGUCUCUCCGUAGAGCCAUUCUCUAAAGAGGCUGCGGAUGCAUUGCAGGCACCGUUAUCUCCUGAGGACAUCGAGAUCAAGCCAGACGGCAUCAUUUAUCUCCCAGAGAUCAAAUAUCGACGAAUCCUUAACAAAGCUUUUGGACCUGGCGGCUGGGGAUUGGCCCCAAGAAGCGAGACAAUAGUCACGGAGAAGUCUGUAACACGGGAAUAUGCAUUACUGGCUCAUGGAAGACUUGUUUCGAUUGCGCGCGGAGAGCAAGAUUAUUUCACGAAAGAGGGUAUUCCGACCGCUGUCGAGGGCUGCAAAUCCAAUGCAAUGAUGCGGUGCUGUAAGGACCUGGGUGUUGCCAGUGAGCUCUGGGAUCCUCGCUUCAUUCGCAAGUUUAAGGCAGAAUACACUCGAGAGGUCUUUGUCGAGCACCAAGUCACAAAGAGGAAGACCAAGAUUCACUUGCGGAAGGGUGACCCUGUUCCCUACCCUUACGCCGAGUUGAAGAAAUAA